CUUCAGAACGUGCUACCCCUCCUGCGCAUCUCAGCUGCCCAAAACGAGUAACAGCAGCGUGUGCGUGAGAGAGCCUGCCAGUGUGCCUACGGCUAAUUGUCUCGCGUAUCGAAAAUUUUUAUUUUCUUACGGGGUGCACGACAUCCGAGACCACUAUUACUCCAUGUCGAUGCUAGACACCAGAUGAUUAUUAUAAUUAAAGCGGCCGAGCAGAGAAGCAGUGCCGACCUUGAUUAACUAUUAUUUAUUGAUCUUUGAGCUCGACAGAUCAAAAGAGGACAUCCCAAGUCUAUCAGAACCGGACGUACUCAACCAAGGAACCGCAACCGCACCACUGGCCCUCUCUGGUAAUUACAGCAGCAUAAUCAUCACUCACACCUAGUGGACCAGACCGGACCUGAGCUUUACCAUGUCAACACCAACACCACCGAAACCAGAGGGCGAGGCGCCACUCACGCCCGCCGACGUGGUCUUUGCCGAGGCCACGCCGCACCAGCGCGUCCUCUCCUGGCAGCUCAACGGCGCCUCGUGGGCGUCGCCCAUGACCAUCGAGCAAUACGUCGGGCGCGAGACGGCCCUCUCGCAGACGGCCCUCUCGGCCAACGGCGGGACCAGAUACUACGUCCUGCACCCCGAGGGUGAUCCGGACACGAUCGUCUCGGCCUGCGAGGUCACCGCCAAGAGGGCACUCGUGGCCGACGACGCUGGUACCGGAGGCGCUGGCCCCCGCGAGGUGCGCGCCUACUCCGUCGCCAGCGUCUUCACCAACCCGCGCUUCCGCGAGCGCGGCAUGGCCUCGCACAUGCUGCGCCGCGUGCAGGAGGUGGUCGACGGCGACGGCGACGGCGACGACGGAGGCUACAAGGCCGAGUUUGGCGCGCUCUACAGCGACAUCGGGCGCGUCUACUACACCCGCCUGGGCUGGAAGGACUUUCGCAGCCCGCAGGUCCUACUCGGGUUGGGGACUCCCCCCGCCGACGCCGCGGCCGGUUCCGCCGCCGCCGUCCCGGAGGGCGUCUCGCUGCUGACGGCGGACGAGGUGGCGCCGCUGUGCGAGCGGGACGUGGCGGCGUUCCGGGAGCGGUUUGAGCGCCUCGCGCGGUCCGGCAGCGGCGGCGGCGGCGGCGGCAACAACAACAACGGCAAGAAACAGACGCACAUCGCCUUCCUGCCCACGCCCGAGCAGAUGGCCUGGCACUUCACCCGGGACAAGUACGUCUGCCAGAAGCUGCUCGGGCGGGAGGUGGUGCACCGCGGGGCCAGGACGGAGGACGAAGGAGGCGGCAGCGGUAGCGGAUGGAUCUGCUGGGACCACGACCUGCGCGAGAAGAAGCUCAAGGUGCUCAGGAUCGCCACGCGGGAGCAAGACAGGCCCGAGGCUCGGCGCGGGGCCGUCCGGAAGCUGCUGCUAGCCGCCCUCGCGGAAGCGAAGGGGUGGGGGCUGCCCAGGGUGCUCGUCUGGAGCCCCGGCGCGGAGGUGGCAGGCGCCGCGACCGACAUCUGGCGGGAGCUGGGGCCCGAGGUCUCUGUUACCUUUGAAGAGCGGGAGGACGGGUCGAUCCCCAGCCUGAGAUGGAAGUGCGGAAAGGGGCCGGAGGAGAUUGUGUGGGAGAGCAACGAGUAUUACGCCUGGUGCUAGUUGUAAACCAUUUCCCCCCCUCCCCCCCCCCCCCCCAAAAGAUGAGGGACCGGGG